UUUGCCCUUUUGUUUGCGCUGAUUAGGCAGUUUUUAGAUUAAUUAACAAAAUAGAAACAAAAUUAGGUCACUUGACACGCUGUCAAAGGGAUGGUGGCGCCAUAAUUAAUGGUCAUUCUAGCCUCAGCUUUGAGUUACACUGCAGCCUGCUUGUCUAACUGAUAACCCUCUUAAAGGAAUGUCACCUACCUCAGUCUCAGUCAUGCCUGUGGACUCAUUAACACCCCACUAAAGGGCUCUUGUUUUUUUUUUUUCCGAAUAAAUGAAACAGUAUUUCUUUCUCGAUUUUUGAUUUGGACACCUCGACACAGGAUGGCCUCGAGUGGCAAAGCUGAAAAAGCCUCCAAGUUUGAGAUGCUGAAACUUCUGGAAAACUGCCGGAAGGAGAGGGAUGAAGCCUUGCAACGGGAAAGCGUCCUCAAGGAGAGACUCAGGCAGAACGAGACACGGCUGCGUUCAACCGAGGGCCUGAAGCAGAAACUGAAGAGCUUGAUGGUGGACAACAAAGAGCUUAGGAAGCAAGUGAAGGCUCUUCGGACUGAGAUCGGACUCGAGAGCAGCCCCGCGUUCGCCGGGAAGACCACCAAAGACAUAGUUAGCGACUUGCAAGAAAAGGAACGCGAGUGCAACUCCUUAAUAGAGAAGACCGCAAAGCUCAGUCUGACUGUCGAUGACUUGACGGCGGAGUUGUCGAACGUGGUCACGUCCAAGACGCUUUUAGAGGACCAGGUGCAGUCGUUGCAGCAAAACCUCAAGGAUAUGACGAAUAACCAGAGGCGUCUGCUGAGGCUGUGGGAAGACAAGAAGACGCAGAGGGAGCAGCUCGCUCUUCCUGCGAUUACUCCGAAGCCCUUCACCCACAAGGAGGUUCAGACUGACAUGUCCAUAAGCUCGUACCAGAAGCUCCCACCUAAUGCUUUUGAGGCCAAGCAGAUGACUCAGGACGGCGACAAAAACAGAGUUUUGGACAAAGACAGUUUUUUGUCCUUUGGUAAUGGCCUUCACAGCAACAAGACUUUGGUGCACGAUGAAGCCUAAUCACUUCACCUCUGACUUGUUCAAAGACUACAGCAGUGGCGGCAAUUAAUAACUGAAUUACUGCAUAUCUGUAACAAGGAGGCGAAUCAUGUAUACAAACUGGAAUGUACUGAUGUGUCAGUUGCAAGCGAGCUGGC